AUGAGUAGAUCAGUUGCACUUGUCACUCAAAGCCUGUCAAAGAUUUGCUUGUCACGUGGAAUACACAGUUUCCAUGCUCCCGCUUCGUCCAGCGUGUACAUACCGUCUAUACGAAGAGAGAAAGUAGUUCCUACCAUAGAUCUACCUCAAAGUUCAAAUGCAGUAGGUCAUGUUCCCACUGCUUCCUAUGAGCUCCCGGCCUUGGAAAAUGUUCGAAGGGUGUAUACGUUCCCUACAUUGGAUAAGGCUCCUAUUUCCGCCCCUGCUCCUUUCCUUCAGGAUCUUAUCGAGAAGAUGGACCCAAUACCAGAGAAGCCUCCUAUCGAAGCUCCUCCGGUCGUUCCUCCUGUAGCGAUACAACUGGCUCCUCGGCUUUUAACUAUUAGACGGAAGAAAAUGAAAAAACAUAAGCGAAGAAAGCGUUUUGAUCGUGACUACUUCAAAUAUCAGAAAUAUCAUAGGGAAAAGAAGCUGAAGGCUGAACGAGAGUUUAUUCGUCGGAUGAAGGCUCAUUUAGCGGAGUUGGAAUCUUUUGAUCCGGAAAAGUACGUAGAGGAAACGAUCGCCGCUGCGAAGAAGGAAUGGUCCGAUGAGCUAGCGCCAACUGGUAGAAAACGCUAUCCUCACUGGUCAAGGCUCAUGUCACUAGAAGAGCUGUAUGGUAUUCCCAAAAGCGAUUACAUUGACAAGAACGCUGGAUUACCUGGAGAGGAAGACGCGGAAAAGAUCAGGAAGUUAAAAGUGGAAUACGACAAUAAGUACCGUGGUAUCUGA